GGUGGUGUUAAGAUUUAUUUUUAAUGAUUUGGAAAUAUUUGUGUCAGGACAUCAUCCGGAGAAAACGUUUUUCAGGUUUUAGGUUGUAUUGGUGGUAAAAAAAAACAUGCCUUUCGAGUGAGAGAAAGAAUUGAAACUGUGAUAAGACAAAAUCCCAUAUGCUUGUGUUGAUUUUUACUUAGCAAAAAGCAGUUUGGCCACUUAGACAUCCACCCUUGUGGUAGUUUGUGUCGCAAUCGAAGGUCAGACUCAUUUUGGCUCCUGAUUGGACAGAAAGCUAGGCCCCGCCCGGCUUCUGUCGCGCAUGGCCUUCCGUCUCCAUGAUUGGUUUUCCUCCACAUCAGUCAUCGGAUGUUCAGCCAAUCAGCACCCUUUGUCCUUCUGACUCUAUCUCCUACACAUUCACCGGCGAUAGUGCUACAAUCCAAGAUGUCGGCUACGUCUGUGUUCCCCAUGUGUGUGCGAGCUAGCCGGAGCCUCUUGAGGCUUAGGGUCGCACGGACAGGUUUGUCUUCUCAGGCCCAGACAGACGCUGUGGUACGGACGUUAUCCACGGACAAGCCGUCUGCUGGAGCCGGCGGCGGUACAGGUGGACUAGCGCAGGCUAUCCUUCAGGAAAGGCUUCAACAGCAGCAGCAACAGAGUCAGGGUCAGCCUCCCCCUGAGGCAACGGAGGGGGACAAACAGGAAAAACAAGGUGAGGACAAGAAGAAGAGAGAAAACACUGCUUAUGCUAAGAAGAUGGUGCUACGAAUGGCAGGGCUCAUGGGCCUGGGGGGUGCAGUGAGCGUGGUCUACAUAUUUGGUUCAAACUCAGUGGAUGAACAAGGCAACAAGAUUCAGGAUGAGUUUGACAGAGAUGCUCCUGUUGUUCAGCAGCUCAGAAGAACCUUCAAAUACUUCAAGGACUACAGACAGAUGAUCAUUGAACCUACCAGUCCUAAACUCCUGCCUGACCCUCUGAAGGAGCCGUACUACCAACCUCCCUACACUCUGGUGCUGGAGCUGACCGACGUUCUGUUACACCCUGAGUGGUCGUUGUCUACAGGCUGGAGAUUUAAAAAACGUCCUGGUAUUGACUACCUGUUCCAGCAGUUGGCGCCGCUUUAUGAGAUUGUCAUCUUCACUGCAGAGACAGGCAUGACAGCCUACCCUCUGAUCGACAGCAUCGACCCUCAGGGCUUCGUCAUGUAUCGUCUCUUCAGAGAUGCUACACGUUACAUGGAGGGCCAUCAUGUGAAGGAUGUGUCCUGUCUGAAUCGUGACACCAGUAAAGUGAUCGUGGUGGACUGUAAGAGAGAAGCCUUCAGUCUGCAGCCCUUCAACGGCAUGGCCCUGAUAAAGUGGGAUGGAAAUUCAGAGGACAGGACGCUGUAUGACCUGGCCAACUUCCUCAAAGCUAUCGCUCUCAGUGGCGUGGAUGACGUGCGGUCAGUGCUGGAGAACUACGCCCUGGAGGACGACCCCAUUGAGGCCUUUAAACGCAGACAGGCUCAGCUGGCUCAGGAGGAGGAGCAGCGAUUGGCUCAACUUUCUAACCCCAAGAAUCAGGGACUUUCGCUCGGCUCCAUCACCUCACGGUUGUGGCGCUCCAAACAGCAGUGAGUCCCCGCCCUCCCUCACACUGCCACCAGUCACCGCCGGGCUCUCCACUGAUGUCCAAGAGAAAAGGAGGGACCAGAGCAGAGGAAGGCGGGUGGGUCUACAGACUGUUGCUGGAGCAUCUCCACCACCCAGGUUAGAAAUCAUGUCAGAGUGGCCAGGGCCUGUGGAGCUGCAAGGGGACAUUGUCAUUGGCCGGAGUAUGUACCAUGAGGAGAGACUUUCCUAUUUUCUCGGCUGGAGGAGUCAGUGCCCCCCACCCUCCUCCCCCCGCCUCACCCCAUGGUUUCACUGGUGUCUGCCACUGAUUGGUGGUUGGGAGAAAACUCUGCAACAGCCUCAUUAGCUGCAGUUGGAGACGCCACUCACAGAAUCUGACCUGAGAUCAGCUUCAUCAGCUCCUGUGCCAUGCUUUCAGAAUGUUUUUCUUUACCCUUUGUGCCACAGCAGCGGCAAGUGUUUGUGAAAGAAUUCAAAAAAACUGAAGAGUAUUUAACAAUGUGUGGACCGCUGACCAGAGAUAUCUGUCCGGGCUGUGAUGUGGACGUGGUGGAAGCUGAACCAGUGAGGGACGGGAACAAACUGGACUUUGGUAUAAUCUAUGAAACUAUGCAUAAUUAUACAUAACUAUGAUAACGAUUGGUGGAAGGAGUACUGUGGAGUACUGUGCAAAAGUUUAGGUCAUUAUGGAGGAACCUUUGUGCUGCGGGGGUUAUCAGCAGCCAUGUGAGGACGGGUCACAGCCUGGACAAUUCUCCAGCCCAUCAACCUUUCACACUUCCAUUCACACCUUUGUUCAGUUUAAAGUGAACAUUAACCUAAUCUCCAAUCUGCAUGUUUUUGGACUGUGGUAGAACCUGGAGAAAACACACACAGGGAGGACAGUAGGACUCCAGACAGAAGACCUUGCAGUUAGAGCUGGGCAUUGAACCAAUAACCCCCUUGCUGCAGGACUGGAGCUCGAACCACAUCUACCACUGUGUGGCCAAAGUUGUGGUAUAGGCUCUAUACAAGGCAGAACUGUUCAGUCCAGCCCAGAGUCCCAGGUGGAGCUGGAUCCAGGCCCAGCAGAAGAUAUUGAAGAUGUUCUCAGCCACUGGUCCUGUCCUUCCACGAUGAGUGAGUUGUGAUCUGAACACUGAUCCGAUCCAAGUGACGUGACUGUGAGGGUGUUCUCUUCUCUGUCACAGACCAUGACGAUGGUUGUCAGUCUUUAACUGCUGUUCCUUUAUUGUUGGUGUUGAUGUGAACUGGUCAUUGAUGGUGUCAAUAAAGAAACAAACCAA